AUGACGACGCAGCAGGAGCAGCUGUCUCGGGUGGGAGGCUCGACGGGAGUCCACCACCAUCGACUCGACUUCCGACUGCCUACGACGAAUGCAGCAACGUCUCCACCUCAGUGGCAAGACAGGUCUAGACUGCCUCACGAACAGCAACAACAGUUACCCGUCUGGCAACACCACUACCACAAUCAACAAAAUCAAAACCAGCAGCAACAGCAAUUGCAGUAUCUCUACCAGAAACCCCUUCCUCCUCCUCCGCCACCUUCACACUCGCCGCCGCCGCCACCUCCGCCGUCAACGUCGGCGCCACAAACGCGACAGUACCGCCAACCAGCACCGUCUCCGAACCGACCCAGAUCCCCGCUUAGACAACGAACGUUUCCGAAUACGGCUCCUCCAAAUGCGCAAACGCUACCGCCCCCGCGACAUUUACACCACCGUCAGACAUCCGGUAGCAGCCUUUCGAACCGCGGCCGACCGCCACCCUCGAAUCCCGGCCCUUGCGCCGUCGAACUGUGGAAUCGAGGCGUCUCCAACCCACACCAGCAACAAUACAACCCUUCAACACCUUCACCGCGCAUGACCGAGUUUGAAUUCUUCGACGGUUCACAGCUAGCAGAGUCCUCAGAUUCUGACUCCGAUUUCGCUCCAAAACAAGCGCCGCAACCUCGUGGGCAUGGACGGUCGAUGAGCCACCCGUUUCCUUCGUUGUUUUCUUCCAAUAAAAAGAAGAAGCGAAGCCCCGCGCCACGGGCUUAUUUUGAUUCUCGAAGCAGCAGCGAAGACUCCAGGGACGGUGGCGGCCUUAUGCAAACAGCCUCCAAGGGCGGCGCCGCGCCGCGCAUCUCGCCGCAAAAGCAGAGUCUGAGCGGCGGUGCAAGCAAGGAUUUGACGACAGGAAACUGCAUGACCUGCGGUUCCCUGGUGCGCUGGCCAAGGGAUCUCAACGUGUUCAAGUGCACCAUAUGUCUCACCAUCAACGACUUAAAGCCGCUGACGCCUGGGGAGACGGGUACAGGGCGCUCGCGUGAUGAGGGAGGUCCUUUGUCGCAUUAUUCACAACCGGUUUCUUUGGAACAUACCAAGCUGCUGAUAAGACAAUGCUUGCGUAACUUUGUGGCUUCGGCGCUGGCACCGCAUGCCAAUAUCAAACACAACACCCAGGCUUCGCUGCCUAUUACGAUGCCCCAGAAUGGACCCGGGAGGCCACAUGCCUUCCCAGGCGAUAAUGAAACCCAAGAGCCCAGUCUUUUUACCCCCGAGCUCUCCGAGAGCCCAUUCCUUGAGACACCCAGCUCAUUCCCCAACCCCAGCUUACUCCCACCGAGAUCAUACUCGACAUCAUAUCCUGAACAGCGUCCUAGAAUGGAAGGGCUCUUGAGGCAACAGGAUCGGCAGGGUAGCAACGGGUCAGGCCAUGAGCUUGAUCCCAAGAAGAUGUUUAAGCCGCUUGAAGACUACUUGUUCACUUGCUUCACGUCCUAUCGCUGCUUGCAGUUUUCUUUCGGGGGCCCACGGGGAUUAAACUCACAAGCCCGUCACGUGGAUGAUACUCGAAGACGAACCCCUGAACGGGCUCAAGAUCGUCAGGCAGAGCCACGGCAUGUGCGAUCACACAGCCGCUCACAUAGCAAAGUCUCGUCGGCAGCCGCUGAAGAACCAAUAGCAGAACUUGACGCCAAAUUGCUAUUGUUAGGUGACUUUGCCGAAAAUGGCUCUUGGUGGACUGGUGGCCAGGAUGAGGUUCCCCGUAGAGGAUCUGCGGCGGGGAUCCGGACGGAUGCGAUAGCGACUGCCCCGACGCCGGCAACCAAAUCACCCGGGGUUGACUGGUCGGAGAUGGAGGAGUGGUACAACACCGUCAUAAACGCCGCGCAACCCUGGAAGGCUGUUUACGAUGGAAUGGUCGCGGGUGGUCAGCUCAGCCCAGCACCGGAGGCAGACCUACGACGAUUGGAAACACAGAUAUUGGCGGGACAAGAACAUGCCCAGCGCACUCUCCUCAAGGCUACCGAAACACUACUGAAGCGACCUGGACGCCCAUUGACUGACCCGAGCGAUCUGAGGUUUCUCUUGCUUAUCCUGUCGAAUCCGCUCCUCGCAGCCAGAUGUCGCAGGUUCACAGGACACUACGGGCAUCCUUAUGAAAAGGACAGGGGUGAAGGUGGUAGCAGUUGGAGUGAUAUACCUCGCGGUACGGGACCCGCGUCUGGGCAACAUUCAGGGAUUAUAAAGCGGAUUCUGGGGUUAAUGUCAAACUCUUCGAACGACUGCCACAAUCAGCUGGUGGCUUGGCUGGCGAGGUUUCCCGAGUCUCGGUUCACAGACUUUAAAGAUUUUGUCAGCGGAUUCAUGGCUUAUCGCCUGAACCGGCAGAAUGAAAAGAAACACGACGUCAAAUUCGAUGUGACGGAUGGUUUAAUACCCAAUGUUUCGGCUGGCCGUUCGGCAGCAACACUCCACGCAGCCCUGGGUCCAUCUUCAGGUUCGGGCAAGAAGCAAAAGGAAAAGCCAAAGAAGACAAUAGUGUACGAUGACUGGCAGGUUAAGGCAGCCGCCCGCGUCAUGACGCUAAUCUUCUCUGCAAACAACACACACUAUUCACGUCGCAAUCCACAGGACCAGGGAUUCUCACAUCUAAAUGCAGAUUCGAUGAGGGCAAAGGGUCGGGUACACGCCCGUGGUCAGCUUUUGCCCACAUCGGACUUUUACAUGGCGUUGCUAGACGAUUCGGAACUGACGCAAGACUUUGAGGCAUGGGAGACUAAGCGCGCAAAGUUUUCAUUCUGUCAGUAUCCAUUCCUGCUGUCUGUGUGGGCCAAAAUUCAAAUCCUGGAGCACGAUGCCAAGCGCGAGAUGGACAAGAAGGCGAGAGAUGCCUUUUUCAACAGCAUAAUGAGCAGGCGGUCUUUCGAUCAGUAUCUGUACCUCAACGUGCGCAGAGACUGCUUGGUGGAAGACAGCCUGAAGGCGGUAAGCGAAGUGAUUGGCAGCGGCGGCGAGGAUAUCAAGAAAGGCCUGAGGAUCACAUUUAGAGGCGAGGAGGGUGUUGAUGCCGGCGGGUUGAGGAAAGAGUGGUUUUUGCUACUCGUCCGGGAGGUCUUUAACCCGGAUCAUGGUCUCUUUGUCUACGAUGAUGAUUCACACUACUGUUACUUCAACCCUAACUCUUUCGAGACAUCGGACCAAUACUUUUUGGUGGGAGUCGUGUUUGGUCUUGCGAUUUACAACUCGACAAUUUUGGAUGUUGCAUUCCCGCCAUUUGCCUUUCGCAAACUACUCGCGGCCUCACCGCAGCCAUUGGGGACGUCGCCGGCACACUCCCGACCCCCGAUGACCUACACUCUAGAAGACCUGGCCGAAUUUCGCCCGAUGUUGGCUAAGGGCCUGCGGCAGUUGCUCGAGUUUGAGGGCGACGUGGAGGAAACCUUUUGCUUGGACUUUGUGGUUGACGUGCCAAAGUAUGGAUCAGUCGAGCGGGUGCCGUUGUGCCCAGGGGGUGAGAGGCGGGCGGUGACAAACGCAAACCGGAGAGAAUACGUCGACCUGCAUGUUAGAUACCUCUUGGACACGGCAGUGGCGCGGCAGUUUGAUCCGUUCAAGCGCGGCUUCUUCACUGUUUGUGGCGGCAAUGCGCUUUCGCUGUUCCGGCCUGAAGAAAUUGAGCUUCUUGUGAGGGGCUCCGAGGAGACCCUGGACGUGGUCAGCCUCAAGUCUGCAGCUGAAUACGAAGGCUGGAGGAGAAAUAACAAGAAACGGCUGGAGGAGUCCUCGACAUCAGGUGGUGAUGGGAGCGAAGUGGCUGAGGAGGUGCCAACGCUUCGCUGGUUCUGGGACAGCUUCAAGAGGGCAUCACCAGAGGACCAGCGGAAACUACUCAUCUUCAUCACGGGCAGCGACAGGAUACCCGCCAUGGGCGCGGCCAGCCUCAGCAUCAAGAUUUUGUGCCUGGGUGACGACUGCGACCGGUACCCGACGGCGAGGACAUGUUUCAACACACUAGCGCUGUGGCGGUAUGAGAGCAAGGAGAAGCUGGAGCGAAUGCUGUGGGGGGCCGUGUUUGAGAGUGAGGGUUUUGGGCUUAAAUAA